CCAAACAGUCUCCUUCCUCAAGUGGCCAAAACCCUCAUUUAAAAUCCUAACCCCCUCAAAAUGCCAAGCCCCCAAUCAGCGACAAACCCUAACCCUAGAAUCUUAGACCCUAUCCUCUCCUCUCAAUGGACGCCGACAUCGAUCGCAUACUGUGGACCGCCUCGGAGAUCUCCGAUCGCGUUUCCUCGCUCGCAUCGGAGAUUAACCGCGAUUUCAAGGAGAAGGGCUGUGAUUUGGUCGUGGUUGGAGUUGCUACUGGAGCUUUCAUGUUUCUGGCCGAUCUCGUGAGGGCGAUUGAGAUUCCGGUGGCUGUGGAUUUCGUUAGGGUUGAGUCGUAUGGUUCGGGGACGGAGUCGAAUGGGAUGCCGAGGAUAUCCAGCGAUUUGAAGGUGGAUGUUAGCGGAAAGCACGUGAUUGUGGUUGAGGACAUUGUUGACACUGGGAAUACCCUUUCCUGUCUCAUUUCCUACUUAAAAUCAAAAGGUGCUUGCUCUGUAUCUGUCUGCACCUUUCUGGAUAAGCCUGCAAGGAGAAGAGUUCAUUUCGAACUAGUUGGGGAAGGAAAAAUUUAUCGUGGUUUUGAGUGUCCAGAUUAUUUCGUAGUGGGUUAUGGUAUGGACUUUGCUGAACUUUACAGGAAUCUGCCAUACGUUGGGGUCCUUAAGCCUGAAAUGCACACAUGACAACGGUUUUGAUCGAUUUAGGGAAAAGACCACUUCUCAGUUAUUUAUCAAAUGAUCCCACAAUUCAUAAAGGAUCUGUACUUGAAAAACAUGGAAUUUGUGAUAUGAUAUUGACGACUUUGUUACUGCCAAGUUUAUUAGAUGAUGUGUUUACUGAUAUCGAA